GGAAACUUGAAUUAUUCCCUCAAACCACAGACAUAAACAAAUAUAUAUAUAUAUAAAAGAAAAGAAAAAAACCUCAUAAAAACUUUCAAAUUCAAAUCCUUCAAAAUUCCCUCUAGCUUCUCUCGUACUCUCCUUCCUCUCUACACCAUCUCUCUCUAUAAAUAAGCACUCAUCUCCAUUUACACUAACAAUCCACAUUACAUGUUCGAUAAAAUUCCUCACUCAUUCACUUCCUUUUAAAUUAUCCAAUUCAAAUAUAUCUAUCAACCAUGUACGUGAUCAAGCGAGAUGGGCGCCAAGAACCGGUACGUUUUGAUAAGAUAACUGCUCGAUUAAAGAAAUUGAGUUAUGGGUUAAGUAACGAUCACUGUGAUCCAGUGCUUGUGGCACAGAAAGUCUGUGCAGGGGUUUAUAGAGGUGUCACUACAACCCAGCUUGAUGAGUUAGCUGCUGAGACCGCGGCUUCUAUGACUGCUAAUCACCCUGAUUAUGCUUUGUUGGCUGCAAGAAUUUCUGUCUCGAGGCUGCAUAAGAAUACAAAAAAAUCCUUCUCAGAGACGAUCGAAUUAAUGUAUAACAACUUAAAUAAGGGGUCUGGGCAGAAGGCUCCUCUCAUUGCAGAUGAUGUCUACGAAAUAAUCAUGAAGAAUGCUGAACGGCUGGACAGUGAGAUCCUCUAUGACAGGGAUUUUGAAUAUGAUUAUUUUGGCUUCAAAACUCUUGAGAGGUCCUACCUUUUGAAGGUUGAUGGAAAGAUUGUAGAAAGACCACAGCACCUACUGAUGAGAGUGGCUGUUGGUAUCCACAAAGAUGACAUUGAAUCUGCCACCAAAACUUAUCACUUAAUGUCUCAAAGUUGGUUCACUCAUGCUACCCCUACCCUUUUCAAUGCAGGGACUGCCCAGCCUCAAUUGAGCAGUUGCUUUCUCCUGUGCAUGAAAGAUGACAGCAUUGAAGGCAUAUAUGAUACUCUGAAGGAGUGUGCUGUUAUUAGCAAAUUAGCUGGAGGAAUUGGUAUUGCUGUUCAUAAUAUCCACGCCACAGGCAGUUACAUUCGGGGGACAAAUGGUACUUCCAAUGGUAUAGUUCCCAUGCUUCGAGUGUUCAACAACACUGCUCGCUAUGUUGAUCAAGGAGGAGGGAAGAGGAAAGGUGCUUUCGCUAUAUAUCUGGAGCCAUGGCAUGCCGAUAUCUUUGAGUUUCUAGAUCUCAGAAAAAACCAUGGAAAGGAAGAACAUCGAGCUCGAGACUUAUUCCUUGCUCUUUGGAUUCCUGAUCUCUUCAUGGAAAGAGUUCGAGGUGAUGACAAAUGGUCUUUGUUUUGCCCUAGUGAGGCUCCAGGUUUGGCUGAUUGUUGGGGACAAGAAUUUGAAAAACUGUAUACUCAGUAUGAAAGAGAGGAUAGGGCAAAGAAAAUUAUUUCAGCUAGGAAACUCUGGUUUGAGAUUUUAAAUUCCCAAAUUGAAACAGGAACACCUUACAUGCUCUUCAAGGAUUCUUGCAACAGGAAAAGCAACCAGCAGAAUCUGGGCACUAUCAAGUCCUCAAACCUCUGUACUGAAGUUAUUGAGUUCACAAGUCCAACAGAAACAGCAGUUUGCAAUCUGGCAUCCGUUGCUCUUCCACGAUUUGUCAUGGAAAGGGGGGUACCUGCGGAAUCACAGUCUUCCAAGAUGGUUGGAAGUAGAGAAUCAAAGAACAGAUACUUUGAUUUUGAAAAACUAGCAGAGGUUACAACGACGAUCACUGCAAAUCUUAAUAAAAUCAUAGAUGUUAAUUACUAUCCCGUUGAAACUGCAAGGAGGUCAAAUUUAAGACACAGACCAAUUGGUAUUGGUGUUCAAGGUCUUGCUGAUACCUUCAUUUUGCUUGGCAUGCCAUUUGAUUCAUCAGAGGCAAAAAGGCUAAACAAAGACAUAUUUGAAACCAUAUACUACCAUGCUCUGAGAUCUUCUUCUGAGCUGGCUGCUAAAGAUGGCCCUUAUGAAACAUAUUGUGGAAGCCCUGUGAGCAAGGGGAUUUUGCAGAUGGACAUGUGGGGUGUGACACCAUCAGAUAGGUGGGAUUGGGAUGCUCUUAGGGAAAUGAUCUCCAAAAGUGGUGUAAGAAAUUCCCUUCUCAUAGCGCCUAUGCCCACUGCUUCAACAAGUCAGAUACUUGGCAACAAUGAAUGUUUUGAGCCUUAUACAUCCAAUAUCUAUAGCCGCAGAGUUUUAAGCGGCGAAUUUGUUGUGAUGAACAAACACCUCCUUAAUGAUUUAACGGAGAUGGGUCUCUGGUCACCUGUUCUUAAAAACAAGAUAAUAAAUGAAAGUGGCUCGGUUUCAAAAAUCCCUGAGAUUCCCGAGCAGCUAAAAGCUAUCUAUAAGACGGUGUGGGAAAUCAAGCAAAAGACAUUGGUUGACAUGGCUGCUGAUCGUGGAUGCUACAUAGACCAAAGUCAGAGUCUGAAUAUUCACAUGGAGCAACCUGAUCUUGGGAAACUAACUUCCCUGCAUUUCCAUGCUUGGUCAAAGGGCCUGAAAACAGGUAUGUACUACCUGAGAACACGUGCUGCUGCAGAUGCUAUCAAAUUCACUGUUGACACAACUGUUCUCAACAAUGAAAAUGCUAACAAGGCAGAGGAUGAUGUUAAUUCUGAUAUGGCGCAGGCAGCAUGCUCAUUGCAGAACCGGGAAGAGUGCAUGGCUUGUGGAAGUUAACCUCCGUGUUCCCUCUCAUUUGAUCAAUACAGUUCUUCAACGACAAGCAAGAGCAACGAAGAUCAUUUCUUUGCAUCGCUGACCUGCAAGUUGGAAUGAAUGGCUAUGUAACAGUCUACAAGUGAUGUGCAGGGUUUAGAUCAAACCCAUCAUGAAACUAACUCGUUGAUAAGAUGUAUAAUGUUAUGGCCCCAGCUUUUUACUGGCCGUUGCAAUCAAAUUCUUAGAAGAGCUCAGUCUUGA